AUGCUAAGACAAGCAACAAGAAUUUGCGAAAGAAAUAUUGUAACCCCCAAUGCAUUAGCGGAGAUGGUUUCACAUAAAGCCCCAUCGGAAAUUAGAGCAUUACUCUUUCAAACAUCAAAGACAGUUACAACAUGGGAGCAAUUUGUUCAAACGGCCGAGGAACUAGCACCAAUCGCCUACAGAGAUAAUAUGUUAACAAGAAUAGAAAAGGUGAGCAAGAGUAAUAUAAGAGAACCUCCCUCACUAAGAGGAAACCAACCCAAGGGUUUUAAACCUAGACCUUUUUACCAGACGAAAGGAUAUGAUGAGAACAGAAGAAAUAAUAUAGGGAUUAGCAGAACAGAAAAACGAAUGUUUUAUUGUCAACUACAUGGAUAUGGGGCACACAAAACUAGUCAAUGUGAUGCGGUUACAGGAAUGGUCAAACGUGAAAAAGUAAGGUUGGGAAUAAGAACUAUGGAAGAAAGGGAAGGAGAAAACAAAGGUGAGGAGAACAACAACUUAGUAAAUAAAGAUUUAAUCUAUUACUUUAACAGGCUUGAGGCGACAAAAAACCCAUUUUUUGUAAAGGGUGAAUUGGGCGAGAGACCAAGAACCAUCCUUUUAGAUACAGGAGCCGAUGUAUCAUUAAUAGACAGGAAAGACCUGCAAGGACGGUCAGGCAUAUUAAAACCCUACGACGGAGUAGUCAAGUCGGUGAGCGGAGACAUAUUAAAAAUAAUCGGAAAAAGCAAUAACAUAAAGAUAAGCAUGGGAAAAGAAAUAAUAACCUUUUCCCCUUUAGUCGUGGAAGAAAGCGAAUAUAUAAUAUUGGGGGCAGAUGUCAUAUAUAAAGCCCCGGGACCAUUGAUCAAAAUUUUGGAGUUACAGUGGAAACAUCAUAAAGAAAUAUCAGUCAGGACUAUAGACGAGGGCGACUUAAAACACGAAUUUAGGGACAUCUUUAAAACAGAAAUUGGAGAAUUAAAUGUUUGUAAUAGUGGUACACAUAGUAUAGAAACGGAUGAGGCGAGGCCUAUUUGUCAAAGAAACGGGCGUAUUCCAAUUAGCCAAGAAGCUGCUAUAGAGGCUGAAAUUGAAAAGAAUUUGAGAUUAAACAUUAUCAUAGAAAGUCACAGCCCUUGGUGCAGCAGAAUAGUAAUGGUAACAAAGUCGGACGGGUCAUGGAGAAUGUGUAUAGAUUAUCGUGCACUAAAUGCAGUUACGAUCAAAGACAGCUAUGUUUCCCCGAGAAUUGAUGAAAUUUACGAUGCCUUAACAGACGCAGGAAUAUUUUCGGUAUUGGAUGCAACUUCGGGCUAUUACCAGAUAGCAAUGGAGGAAAAAGAUAAGGAAAAAACGGCUUUCUCAUUUAAAGGACGUCUCUACGAAUUUAAUAGAAUGCCUUUCGGACUGUGUAAUGCCCCUGCAACAUUCCAAAGGACAAUGGAUGAAAUUUUUAGCAAAGAAAAUAGAAUGUUUGUGAUUCCUUAUCUGGAUGAUAUUAUAGUUUAUUCAAAGUCAAGAAGAGAGCAUGAAAAACAUCUACGUAUAGUUCUCGGAAAAUUAAAAGCAGCAGGACUAUCACUUAAUGAAAAAAAAUCUAAAUUCUUUAGGGAACAGUUUAAAAUUCUAGGAAACAUAAUAUCGAAAGGCAUGAUUAAAGCUGAUCCAGAGAGAAUAGAAAAAUUAUUGAAAUAUCCGGAGCCAAAAAUCAUGAAGGAGUUAAGAUCGUUCCUAGGCACAAUUAAUUAUGGCAGAGAAUUUAUCAAGGACAUAGCAGGCCUUACAGCGCCCCUCUACGAAUUGUUAAAAGGAGAAAGAAAGUCUUCAACAAAAAGCCUCGUACCGAAUGAGAAACAAAAAGAAACAUUCAACAAAAUCAAAAAGACGGUAUCAGAAUCAACAAUAAGAGCACAGUCCCAAUUUGAUAGGGAGUUUAUUGUGACAACAGACGCGUCGGAAAUAGGAAUCGCGGUUAUUUUGUCACAAAAAGACUCCCACGGAAACGAGAAAAUGAUAUCUACUUUUAGUCGGACUUUACAACCGGCGGAAAAAAACUAUACGGUAACUGAGAAAGAAUUAUUAGGAAUAGUGAAAGGCGUAAAUCAUUUCAGACAUUAUUUACUCGGAAAAAACUUCAUUCUGAGGACAGACCAUAAAGCAUUAACAUUCUUAUGGACGGCUAAACAUAUAAAAUCGAGACUAAUCCGAUGGUCAUUAGAAUUAUCGGAAUAUACCUUUAGAAUUGAAUAUGUUAAGGGAGAGGAUAACGCAGCGGACGGUCUAUCAAGGAUUAAUCCAACAUUAGAAGUAAGGAGCCUAUCUAAUAACACCUUAAGCCACGAAGAAAUAGCCGAAAUAUUAGAAGAAUAUCAUAAGAUUUCCGGGCAUGGGUCUCCAAACACUAUGAAGUUUAUGGUAAGGCAGACCCAUAGAUGGAGCGGGAUGUUCAAAGAUAUCGACGAACAUUGUAGUAGAUGUUUAACUUGCUUACAAGCCGGAAAUGGAAGGGUAAAUACAAAAACCAAAGUCAUCCAUACUUCACACGAAAAUGAUCUGUGGCAAAUUGAUCUAAUAGGGCGUCUACAAGAUAAGGAAAAAAAUGGGUUUAUUUUUGUAGCAAUCGAUCACUAUUCUAAAUGGAUCGAGACAAAGGUGUUAGAACGAAAGACUUCGGCAGAAAUAAUAAAAGCAAUAGAAGAAUUGAUAAUAAGAAAACACGGAAUCCCAAAAAGAAUUCUCUCAGAUAUGGGACUGGAAUUUAACAAUAAGGAAGUCUUGGCCCUGCAGGAGAAGUAUUUCUUGAAAUGGGAAUUUGCUUCCCCUUAUCAUCACCAAACAACAGGAGCUGUGGAAAGGGGAAUUCAAAGCUUAUUUAACAUACUAAAAAGACAAACGAAUUAUGGAGAAAAAAACUGGAAGCCAUGGGUUGAACGAGCGACACUCGCAUACAAUCUGUCAUACAAUAGGGCGAUAGGAACGUCGCCAUAUAUUUUUAAGAAUGGAAGCCAAAAAAUAUUCGAGAUCGAUAAAAAACUGGGCGUAAAGCCAAAAAAUUAUUCUAAACAGGUUCUAAUACAACGCCGAGAUGAAAACUUUAAAAAGUACGAAAAAAAAUAA